CGCCAAGAAAUGUAUGGGACCAGACCAAAUGAAACCAAAUGUGAAAUUCAUGGUCCCAGCGACCAGUCUAGUAUGAGUAAAAUGAGUUCAAGAGUACACUCAGUUGAUGUGGAAAAAGAUGUUUUCCCAGAUGCCAUUCCUGAGAUUGAAAUUCUAAAGAGAAGAAAGAAGGAAGAAAUAGAGAAACAACAAGUUCUUGAAAUACAGGAACUGGAAAAAGCAAGCAAAAUUCUUGGAAAACAGUGUCUUAGUGAGGAGAAUGAAGAAGUUCUGUUAAUUCUUCAUACUCAGGCUAGACAACUACAAGAAGUGAUCAAGUUCAAACUUGGAAUUUCAAACACAAUUCAAAAAACAUUGAAAUCUUCCAGUACAGUCACUGACUCUUUUUCAUCUUCUACUUCUUCAUCUUCUUCUUCAAAUCAGAAGAAAACAUAUGCUCAAGUAGCAGAAUCUGCUGUCUUCAAACCUGCUAGUUCAAAAUCUGCUCAAAAUUCUGAGAAAUCUGAGAAGAAUAUUUCUCAGACCUCUGUUCAUAGAAAGGAAAAAAAAGAAAUGCAAAAAGAGAAGAACUUUCAAAUCUCCAGAAACAGAAGACUUAUUCUCAAAGUCUCAAAUCAGGAGAGCUUGCAAAAAAACAAGCUAAACUCAAAUCUCAUUUUCAGAAUUAGAAAUGAAAUUAACCAGCAGUUCUUUUCUCAGUUAAUGACUGAUAUUGAAGUUCAAAAACCAGUCAUAGCUUCAAUUGAGCCAUCUUUCUUUGGAAACUCUAUUAUUUUGACUACAAUGCCUGAAUUCAGUGCAGAAUUCCUCAUUCAGAAUGAGAAUCUCUGA